AUAAUAAUAAUGACCAAUAGAUCUGAUUCAAAAAAUCAAUUCCUCUACAAAUGUAUAUCAGAUCUGUAAAGAAAACACAACAUUCCUUCAAUCAACAUCGACAGUAACUAGAUCUGGAAAUUCAAGCAAUCAGAAGCAACGCAAAACUCUAAAUCCCAUUCAAGCAUGAUUGCAAGCCAACAAAGAAACACAACAAAAAAACCCAGGCGGGUUCGACUCAAACCCAGGCGGGUUCGACUCAAACCCAGGCGCUGGGUUCGGAACCCAGCGCCUGGGUUCCUCGACCCGCGCUUGGGUUCGAGGAACCCAGGUGCUGGUGUUGGGUUCCUUCGAACCCAGUAGGGAGGGGAGGGAGAAAAGGAAAUAGAGGGAGAGAAAAAAAGAAAAGGAAAGAAAAAAAAAGAAAGAAAAGAAAUUUUUAUUUAUUAAAUUAUAUUUUUGUGC